AUUAAAAAUGUCUAUUAAUAUGGAAGAUUUAAAAAAAGUAAAUGUAGAUACUUUGACAGCAAAAGAGAAACAAAAAUGUUAUGAGGCUUUUGUAGCAUUUGAUAAAAAUGUGUCUGGAUAUAUUGAAAAAGAUGAAUUAAGAGCAGUAUUAGAAGGUAGAAAUAAUAAAAAAGUUAGAAAUGGGAUAGAAGCCAACAGAAGAGGAAUUAAUAAAAAUGAUAAAUGAAGUUGAUGUAUCUGGAAGAGGGGCAAUUAGUAAAGAGGAUUUCUUAAAAAUAAUAGCUUAUCAUAAAAUGAUAUUAUAAACAAGUGAUGAGGAAGAUAUAAGUAAAUAUAAAUAGAAUAAUUAGAACUUGCUUUUAUAGCAUUAGGUGGGAAUGAAGAUAAAUCUGGAUCUGUGGAUAGAUAAAAAUUAAUAAAUGUUAUAUAAAAUGAAUUUAAUCUUUCAAUAGAUUUAAAUGUAAUGAAUAGUAAAUAUGAUGUUAGAGACUGAUAAAAGAGUUAUCUCCAAAUCAAAAUGAAUUAAAAUAUGAAGACUUUCGUAACUUACUGUAAAACUGA